AUGGCGAACGAUGAGGGGCGCGGCCACCGCGGGGAGCGACGCGGUGGAGGCGGGGCCGGACGCAUGGACCGCGGAGGGGGGCGCCAGGCCGGCCGCGGCAACGGCCGUGGAGGUGACCGGAGCAAGUUCUCCUGGAGGCGAGAAGAAGGCGACAGCCACGGCAUAUCGACCUCGUCCAACGUCGCGUCGGCGGAGGAUACUGCGCGUUGGGACGAGGCGGCGGCGUCCAACCGCCAGGAGAUCCAGAGCGGUGGGGUGUGGGUGCAGAAGGCCCAGACACCGGCGGGCGCGGGCGGCACCGCCACGGGGAAGCAGCCUGCGCCGCCGCCAGAUCGUCCUCAGGGGAAACAGAUCCCUGCUCAGGUUUAUUGUCUAUUGAAGACCGGGAGGCUAUGGAGCGAGGGGCAAAGAUGCUAAGGAUGAAUGCUUCGAACAUGAUGAGAAUCUAUGCUGCGCCUGGAGAUGCGACGCGUAGCGGUCGUUGAAGCUGGGGCAGAUCUCAGUGGCCUCUCUUUGGAUGCGUGGAGGAUUGGAUGUGUGAUGAACUGGUUGGUUGUUGGUUAGUUUUAUGCUCCUGCGCGAGCUUUUGGAUGUGGCCUAUCUGAUCAGGCUUGUAUCGAGGGCCGAACCUUCUUAGAGUCUUUCUGAAGUCGUUUCGGGUGUCACUGGGUUUUCGCACCAUAGUGAGCUGCUCGAUGACGGGUGCUCACCGUGGGUUUCCCAGUGAUGCUUUGAACCCGCUUCCCCUUUCUGUGUUUCCUGUUGGGCUUGUUGAACUGUUGUUAUUUCCGUUAUGAUGAGUAAUGGAAAGGGGUAAUGCCCGGUUCAAAAAAAAGGGAAGUGAAGUACUGUAACCACAUUCUUGAAGCUAGUGUCUGAACCCUAAACAUGUUAAUCCAUCCCCGAAUGACCCAAAAUCUCAGAUUUUUCUCUACAAAGUAGCGCAAGAACCUGUAAAAAUAGACAUACAGGCAGUAGUAAGUAACAACAUGGACACAUAGGAGCGCAUCCGCCUGAGAAAAUUGGUAAACAGGACUGUGGAUAAAGAGAGAGGAGUUUACGCUGCCACGCCACAGUAAGAGUAGCUGGGCGCAAUGUUUGUCUGUUUCAAGAAACACAUGCAAAAUUCAGAUAUAUCAUGCUAUGGUCCAUGUGGAUGACAAACAUUGGGUGCCAUUAGGCACUCAACAACCAGUGGAGGGAUGACUCUGAUUCCUGAACUGAAUAUGAACGAACAAUAAGUUGAAGAGCAAAUCUUACCCGGGUUACCUUGCUGCCAUAUUCCAUAGUCAAAAGCAUAGGAAAUUGCUAAUUGAAAUCACACCAAUUAGACAACAACCUGAAGGAACAAUAAGUGCCUUAUAAAAGUAAAUCUGUAGAGAGCUCCACUUGCGACGAAACCAGUGGGUCUUUACACAUUUUAUAAUUUAUUAUCAUUGCAAUUUAGCAACUGGGCCUCAUAAAAACAGUUGCAAAAAGGAGCGGCUGGCCUUUCAUCAAACAUCUUAUGUAGUCUUUGCCAUGGCCGCCUACACCUCGAGGUCGGCAGAUCCCCUUUGA